GAACCGCCGCCGCCAUGUGGCGGUGACCACCGCGACGACGGCGACCGCGGUGACAGCACGCCCCGGCCGAUAGCAGCGAUGCCCGCCGUGCCCGCCGUCGCGGUCCUGUAGCGCAGCCUGUAGUGCAGCCGGCACCACAGCCUGCAGUGCAGCGUCCCGCCCAGAGGCCAUGGCCACCUCCAGGUCCACGUCGUGGGAGGGCCGCGGCUGGGACGGCCUCCCGAUGCCCGCCAACGGCAACGUGCUCAAUAACACCAUGGACAACGCAGCCUUUGAGCGCGACGCCAACGGGGCAAGCCAAGCGAGCCAGUUCGGCGCGGCCACCACCGUGGAGAUGGGCGAGUUCGGCGCCGUGCCGCUGCCGGCGGUCCCCGGCAGCCGGACGUCGCCGUCGUACGCGGCGCGCGCGGCCUCGGGGGCGCCGCUGUGCAAGCCGGACCUGUGCCGCGCCAUGGGCGCCAUGGCGCCGGGCCUGGCCAAGUCCCCCGGCCUGCGGCCCAACCCCUGGCACCGCAACAAGACCAUCCUCCUGGUGGCCACCAUCGCGGGGCUCGUCAUCUGGGCCGUGGCCUACUUCGCGCUGCAGAAGACCGGCAUCUUAUAGCGCCCCGACUCCCGCACUGCGCGCGGCACUCCACUGUUAUGUGUGUUUCAGUGCGUCCAUAUACUCUAACCACCGCCCCCGGACUGUGUCCUUGUUGUGAGAGUUUCUGUCACGACGGAAGAACAGAUUCUGUGAUUUUUGUAAGAGGCUUGUGACAAUACUAUUUCUUCCUUUUUAUGUACACAAUCGGGUUUUCCUCUGAAUAAUGGCCCUCAACUUGUUAAGUGCCAUUAAGAGCUUGUCGCUCAAAUGUGUCUGUGUAUUAUUUAGUGUAUUGAGUGCGCAGAAAGUCCUUCUAUUUCCUUCUCUUUUUUUGCCACCACUGCACGCUGCGUGCACACUGCGUGUCCUUCGAGGAACGUGAUGGGUGUCAAUUUGACUUUGACCGUUGUCGACCAUGCAUCGUCUGCGCGAUCGUCUGCCUGGACGCUUUCCAAGUUCCAAAAUGUGAUAUGUGAUGACUGAUUGAAUAAACUUAUGAUACAACCGUGA